AUGAAGUGUCCUUUACGUGAACCCGCCGUUGUUAAAGUUAUCGCUGAUGGAUCACCGCUUCAUCGCGGAGAGCAGCGCGUCUUCUUUCAUGGCGCCCGGGAGCAAACGCUGAACUUUAUACUGCAGUCCGAACGACUUUACCACACAGCCAUGCUCAGUCAGAGUUCAGUGAAGGUCGUAUUGUUGGCCGUUGCAGUUGGAGUUUAUCUCAUUCCCUCUCCUAUUGAUCCUGAGCCGUACAUAUUCGAGGGUCCUCCGCCGGCUCUCGAGGGCCCUUUAGCAGUGAACACACGCUUACAGAGAGGCAGAAGACUGUUUUCUGGUCAGCUCAAAGGUCCCGAGUCCUUCACCGCUGACCAGAAUGGAAACAUCUACACUGGCACCGUCGACGGGAAGCUUUGGAGAAUCAACAACGAAUCCCUAAAGUUCAUCACUCAGAUGGGCCAGAACAUCCCCGAAUGUGGCUCGAGUACAGACUAUGAGCCGGUUUGUGGUCGUCCUCAUGGCCUGCGACUGGACCGGGACAGGCAACUGAUUGUGGCAGACUCUUAUUACGGCCUGUUUAAAGUCGACCCUUUGACCGGAGAGAAAACACUCCUACAUUCCAGCAAAGACGGAGCUGAUGGGAUUCCCUUUGGCUUCCUAAAUGGUCUGGAGAUUUCUAAAAACGGCACUGUGUUCUUCACCGACUCCAGCAGUAAAUGGGGCAGACGUCAUGUUCGAUAUGAGGUGUUGGAGACGAAUCAUCUGGGUCGUCUGCUGACCUAUGAUCCCGUCAGCGGCCGCGUUCAGACGCUGCUGGACUCUCUAUAUAUGCCAAAUGGAUUUGCUUUCUCACCUGAUGAAGACUUUCUGCUUCUGGCUGAAACCAGCGUCGGACGGAUUAUCAAGUUCUGGUUGAAGGGGCCGAAAGCGGGUAUGAAGGAGGUCGUCCUGAACAACAUGAUUGGCUACCCUGAUAACAUCCGCCUCAGUGACCGAGGCACAUUUUUAGUAGGAAUAUCCACUGUUAGAUUUGCCGGUCGCCUCUUUCCGCCGUUCCUGGAUCUGAUGGGUCCAUAUCCUGCACUUAAACGUGCCAUAGUGAAGCUGGUUCCUCUGAGCUGGUACAAUCUCCUCCUGCCGAAAUACGGAGUGGUUCUGGAGCUGGACUCUGCGGGACAGGUGAUCGACAGCCUCCAUGACCCCACAGGACAUCUCACAUGGGCCGUCAGUGACGUCUUCCAGCACGGGACGCUUUAUUAUCUGGGCAACACCGAUCUGCCAUUCCUGCCAGUGCUGGAUGAGUGGAGCUGAACACCACAACCGUAUAUUAAUCACGCAAUGAGAUGAGUUCAACAACGCAUUACAGUCCUGUGAAUCAUGCGAAACUACUGUGAAUUAUGCGAUUUAAAGCGUUAGAUCACUUCCAGAAUGAAAAUAUCCUCAGCACAAUUUCCCUUAUCAUCCAAAAUGUUAAUUUCUUCCCUUCUUCUGUUAAAUAAAUAACAUUUUUCAGGUAAAACACACUGGAUUUUCCUCUAUACAGGGGGCUUCUAUGGUGCUCUGUGCUUUGAAUAUACAAACUGCAGUUUCAGAAGGCUUUGAAGAUAGUUUGAAGAAUGUUCUACACCAUCUAUUGACUUCCAUUGUAUUUAUCAUCACCUACUGUGGGUGUCAAAGGCUACCGGUGAUUAUAAAUCAUAUCUUUAAACAGAUUUUAAACAGCUUUUGCAUGGACUGUCCCUUUAAAACAGGCUAGUCAGUGUUAUAUAGAGUAAUUGAGAGCAAAUCCCUGAGGAAUUCAUAUAUUUCUUAAUAUUGUGGGCUUCUAUGGUGCUCAGUGGUUUGAAUAUACAAACAUACAGGUGGAAAAAUCUCUAAAUGAUCACUGCUGAGGAAUAAGGCUCUUACUUUGCAAAACAAUCUGACAUUAUCUUUAAAGAAAUAACAAUUUAGAAAGUUUGACCCAUUGAAACUGCAGUCUAAACCACUGAGCGGCAUUCUAGUGCACUAUAUAGAGAAAAAUGCUGCAUGUUUGUAUCUUAAAAGCUGAAGAAAGAGAGAUAUUGACAUUUUUGGAUGACUAGAGAGUGAGUAAAUGAGCAUAAAUGUUCAUUCUGGAAGUGAAGUGAUCCUUUAAAGCUGCUGUAGUUUGUCUAAUCCGGAUGUUUUAGCUGUACUGGAGCAUAUUUCUGUGCACUGUCAAACACACUGGCCAUUUGAAAGCCUAAUGCCUUCAUUUAAAACUUAAGAUUGUGUUUUGGUGCCAAACACAAAUAGCUUGAUGAUCAUUUGUGAAUUUUUCUUGUAACGACUGCCAAAAUAACUGCACAACAUCUGUGCAUUUAAUACAGUAAUUUCUAAUCAUUUCAA